AUGGCCCUUUUUUCAUGUGGCGUGGCUGGGGCGUUGUGUGGCGCCAAGACGGUUGACGGAGGGGGCGCGUGGUGUGUUGGCGAUGUGGAUACCCCUACUCGUACUGUAGAACUUGACGUGUUAAUUGGUGCCCUGUUUCACCUGGAUAAUUUAUACCUGAUAUGGCGGUGUAGCUUGGUUUGGCCACUGCUGGGUGGUAGCAGGGGUUCACAAUGUUGAUUCAUCAUAACGCGUCACUCGGUGUGUGUGUGGGGGGAAUUUUGAACUGGAGCUAUUGUUUGGGCGUUUGGGUGCUAAGAUGCAUGGAGGAUUUGGGGGGCGAGCGGAGCCUCUGGUCGCUAAUUGGGGUGUUGGGGCUUUUUUCUAGAUUUUGGGCUUCAAGGUGGGAUUUUAGAGGCCGUCAUGCUAGCACCAGGAAUUUAGUGUUGGUUAUUAACCUCUAGGUUACCAUUUUAUCCAUUUCGAGGAGCAGGUAAAGGAGCAAGAGGGAGGAGUUCACGUUGAUCCUUUGCUCUCUCCCCAGUGAGAUCCGUAGUGCUGUAUAUCUGGGGAACACCUUGAGUAGCUUUCAUCAUGGGACGCCGACUCUCGAAGGGGACCCUCAAAGAUCCAGGAGGACAGCGAGUCCGGGCUCUCUCCAGGCGAGGGGCCUCCAGGCCAACCACUGGCUCUCGUGAAAAUCCUCAUGGAAAAACGCUAAGCUCGAGACAGGAGACUAGGGGUAGGUCACAGCGGAUGCCCCUCGGCAUCGCCAGCAUGGAGAGAGAUUUCUUCGGAUGGCGUAGGCGGGAAAGCCUUGAAAGGCUCACCGAGUAAACUUGGGGAGCGGGGCCUUUCUCGACAGGACCUUUCUCAGAGCCUUUGCCAAUUAAUUUCGGGGCGUUGGCAGUUCUCGGGGUUAGUGAGGAGUGAGACGAAACUGUUUCUCUUGGAUAGGUUGUUCUAGAAAAGCUCUGCCAAUCAAAACCUGCACGAGGAAUUAGCCUUUUUAAGUGACUAUACUCCUCCACCAAGGUAUAAUAUUGGUUCAAAAAAAAAACUUCUAGAUUAUUGAGAAUACUGAGGAGAGUAGUGUAGAGGUUUUUUUUGUCAGCACGUAUGGG